UUGUUAGACGAGAGAAAUUGUUAAAUAUCAUUUCACGUGUAAAAUAAUCGAUUUAAUGUAAUCGCGAUCGAUUUAUAGAAUUCAGAUUUAGUAUGAUUAUUGUCAGUUAUUUAUUACUUUCUAUUUAAGAAUUGUUAAUGUGCAAGUUCAGUGUAUGUUUGGGAAUUGUGAAUAUCAAGUUUAGUUUUGAAAAAUGUCGUUGCAUUUUCAUAUGUGUAGUUUGGUUAACAUUAAAAUGAAUGGAUUUGCCACAAUCAUGAUCCAAAUAUCAAUACCAAUAGUCACAUGGCGAUCACUUCGGUCAACUCACAAUCGGUGACGGUUCUUAUACGCACUUGGAUUUUCAUGAUAAUCUUUUGUUUCGCGGGUGGUGUAGCAGGUUCUUGUUUAAGCUAUGGACAUUCAUGUUGGGGAGCUCAUGGUAAACGCAAUGGAGGACAUAACAAUGGAUAUUUAGUGCCAUCCAAGACAAUAAAUGAACAAGGUGUACCAUAUCUUACAAAAGAUCAAUUCAUACUUUCCCGUUUGAUUGGUCGACCAUUAGUAUCUAACAAAUAUAAAGGAAGAUGGGACAGGCUUUUCAAAAUAAAAGCUAGUUUUCCAGAGCAUUGGAAUGACGAUGAACUUGAUACCCAUCUUAUUAACAAUGAACCUAUUCGAGAUCAAAACAACAAUGAAAACAUGAACCAGAAUAAAAGAAAACAUAUUGAAAAUGUGCAGAAUAUGGCAGAAUACGACAAUAUCAACGACGAAAGGAAAGAAAUUCCAGAAAUAUUACUGAUAUCGAAUAAUGAGAAUAAUCAUCAUGACAGUAAACCACAAAAUGCAGAGUUAUUCAAAUUUUUGAGUAACACAAAUGAUAAUUUCGAAUAAGAGAAAGGAAUAUUGCUAUCACAUAUAAUGUAAAAUAGAAAUUGUCAUAACUAUAUUGUAAUUGAACUAAUAAGAAUAUUGUUUAAACUAAUUUAUUAGAAAUCCUGUUUCUCAUAUUUAA